UUUAGAAAAGUUACCCUAAAACGCAGGCGAGCUCAUAACACUCUAAACAGGAAGCUUCCCCCACUGCUGCUGAUCUCAUUGAAUCUUAGCCAGAAUAACCCUCUCUCUUCACAACAAACAGAGGAGCAACCUCUGGCAGUGUAAUCAGCAGGCUGCUACAGCUGCAUUAUAGCAGGAUCAGAUUGCAUUUUUCCCAUUGUAUCUCCCCCAAUCCCAAGUCCUGUCUUCAACAAGAAUUGAUAGCAGAGAAGCAAGCUCAACAGGCUUCAGGAAUUCGCCAAUUCUCUUUCAAAAGAACUGCUUACAGGAAUUUGGUUGAAAGAUGAAAGAAAUGAAGAGAGGCUGUUUCUUAGUUACUACCUUACUCCUGUUGUUGGGCUGUGUCCCAUGGCAUGUGACUGCAGACUCAAAAGAUGGAGAAGACGACCAGGACAUUCCAGGUGCUGCUUUACCACCACUGAAGCUCGGAAAUUCAAUCUGUGCUUUGAAGGCAGAUGGCGGUGAAUGUAAAGCAAUAUAUACAAGGUAUUACUUCAACAUUCAAACCCGCCAGUGUGACAUGUUUGAAUACGGUGGAUGCCAUGGCAAUAAGAACAACUUCUUAACACUAGAAGAAUGUCAGGAGAUGUGUGUGGUAUCAGAAUUCCCAGUGAAGAAAACCCGUGGAAGAUUUGGAAAAGAAAAGCCCAACUUCUGUUUUAUGGAGCAAGACCCUGGAAUCUGCCGAGGCUAUUUUUCCAGAUAUUUCUAUAACAAGGAGUCACAGCAGUGUGAAAAGUUCAAGUAUGGUGGAUGCCUGGGAAAUCAGAACAACUUUAAGGCCUUGGAAGAAUGCCAGAUUGCCUGCCAGGACAAUACAAAUUCACUGCAAUUAGACCAACAUGCAGAACACCCCAUCAUGAUGAACAAUAGCUCUCCCAUUGCAAAGCCCAGUGAGUUUCCAAGGCUUUUGGAACCACCUCCUCUCCCUUCUCUCUGCAUGACUCCUGCGGAUCGAGGCCUUUGCAAAGCCAAUGAGAAAAGAUUCUUCUAUGAUCACUCAACUGGAAGAUGCCAUCCAUUUAGCUACAGUGGGUGCGGUGGGAAUGAAAAUAAUUUCACCUCUAAAAGCUCAUGUCUGAGGACCUGUAAGAAAGAUUUCAGUAAAAAACAAGGACGAAGAGGUUUAUUGAAAAUCAGGCGAAAAAGAAAGAAACAGCCAGUGAAGGUGAUGGAAGAUGAAAUCAUCAUUGAAAGGAUAUAACUUCUACUAUUUUAAAAGAGAAAUGUGAACUACUCCAUUAUCAUUCAUCUGUGAACGAAAGCAUUAAUGACAGCAUUUUGAAACUCCUUAGUGUACCGAUCAUUUGAUUAUACAUUAUUAGACGGCUUAUCUAUUUUGUUUUGUAUUCCUCUUUCAUGCGUGCUAAGCGAUCAGCAUUUAAUUUUUCUCUGAUAAACUUAGUUAAGAAUGCAGUUUGGCAGUGUACACUCACCAACAGAGCUGACGUAGGACAAAACAGACUGUGGGGGUAUAUCUGAGCCACAAUGAUUCAAAGAUCAGGCAGGCUUCACCUAGUCUGUUUUAUUGUCUCGUUUGUCUCCCUCUGGAAACUUUCUUCUCAAAAGGACGUACAGUGCUUUUUAUAUAGGAGCAUGAAUAAUUCAUUCCUGAAUACAGAUAAGGGCUAUUGCUAAAAAGAGAGACUGGGCCUGAUUCUGAUCUCACUUAUUAUACAUUGUGUAAACCAGGUCUUAACUCUGCUGGAGUCCAUGGAGCCAGACUGCUGUAAAUAGGGUUUAGGAUUGGAGUUAGUCCCACUAAGACCACAAAGAGAAUAUUCAAGUCAUAAACAUGUGGGGAAAUGUCACUGUGGAUAUUCACAAAGCCCAAAGUAUAUCAGGGACACUGAUCUCUACGCUGAAGUCAUCAAGCCUCACCUUGUUGUGGAACUGAAACAGAGAGAAACUAAAGGCCAGAUUUUUAAAGGUAUUUUGGUGCCUAAAAAUGUAGAUGGAUACUUUGGAAAAUCCCAGUAGGUGCCUAUCUGCCUUUUUAGGCACUUAAAUACCUGGCCCUAUGGGACUGACUGUUUCAAGUCACACAGAAAAUUGUUGCAGAAGAAGGAACUGAAGCAAUGUCUGCUAUGUACAAGGCUGAUGCCUCAGCCACUGAACCAUCCUUCUGUCUAGUAUGAGUUGUCUGAGUGAGUUCAGAAGCCUAUGCUUUUUAUAUUGUUUGUCCUCUGCUACAUUUUGUGCUACUACUGCUUUGAUAAAUGCUUCUAGGACUGAAAUAUUCACUGGAAAAUUUGAUGCCUCAUUCUUGUAUCUUUAAUAAAACUCUGUGAGGAGCAAAGAAUUAUAAUGUGAUAACUACUUGACUGGACCAAACUGAGCUCUUCUUCACCAGUGCAAAUCCAGAAUAACUCCAAUAACUAGUGAAGAUCAACAGUGUUGUUUCUCCCCGCAUGUAAUUUGUUUUAUGAUCCUAAUGGGUCUGUCAUAACAUUUCUUCCCAGAUCUGGACCUUAGCGUCCAAAAUAUGAGUGUUAGCAUGAAAACCUCCAAGCUUAGUUACCAGCUUGGACCUGGUAAUUGCUGCCACCAGCUAGGAAUUAUACAGUGCCUAGCUCACUGUGGUCUCCCCAAAACCUUCCCUGGGGGACCCCAAGACUCAGAUUCCUUGAGUCUCACAACAAAGGGGAAUAAACCAUUUCCCUUCCCCCUCCUCCCCUCCAGGUGUUCCCUCCCUGGGUUCCUGGAGAGAUAUACAGAAGCAAGCUCCGUGAAUCUAAACAAAGGGAUUCCACCCUCCCUGCUUCAAGUCCUUGAAAAACAAGCACCAAGAGAUCUAACCUCUCUCCCCCCUCACUCAGAGGGUAUGCAAAGUCAGGCUUAGUAAAUCUAACACAAAGAGAUUUUUCCCCCUGACUUCUUCCUCCCACCAAUCCCCUGGUGAGCUGCAGACUCAAUUCCCUGGAGUCCCCACUAAAGAAAACUCCGACAGGUCUUAAAAAGAAUGAAAAAGGACAUAAAAGGGUCUCUGUAUCAAGGUGACAAUAUACAGGGUCAAUUGCUUAAAAGAAAAAAUGAAUAAACGGCCUUAUCCAAAAAGAAUACACUCCAGCAACUACAUACAUGUAAAUACAAAAAAAACAAUAUAAACCUAUUGUCUUACUAUCCUUGUACUUACAACUUGGAAACAGAAUAUUAGAAAGCCUGGAGAUUCCUGUGGUCACUGUCAGAGCCGAGAAAGAGAACAGACCAAGAACAAAGGACUCACACCCAAAACUUCCCUCCACCCAGAUUUGAAAAAGUCUUGUUUCCUGAUUGGUCCUCUGGUCAGGUGUUUCAGGUUACUGUUUUAACCCUUUACAGGUAAAAGAACAUUAACCCUUAGCUAUCUGUUUAUGACAGGGUCUGAUUCUGAUCUCACUGCAGUUCAAAGUCUACACUGGGGUAACCAACAGCAUAACUUGCUCCAGCAAUCACAUUAUGACUGCACUCCUCAGUCCCAGUGAAGCAUGUUAGAAUCUUUGGCUGAAAGAUUCAGUAUACUGGGAAAAUCAGAUGAAAAUAUGUUAAAUCAAACCUAGAAUGAGAACCAUAUUCAGUAUUAUAUAAGGAAGCUUAAACAUAAACUGUGCAGAUUGUGAACUGUAUUUUAAUAGAGCGGAUAACUUUAUUAGACAUCUGGGCAAGUUAGUAAUGAUAAGUGCAGCUAGAAGGCCUGAUCUUGCAUGGUUAUGCAGGCUAAACUCCCACUGAGUUUAACUGUAUGUAUCAGAACUGUCUUGUCCAAUCACUGUAAUAUAGUGAUAUGCACAAUUGUGGGGAACAGAAUCUUGGUUUUUCAUUUUAUCUGAAAAUGAACCCCUCCAGCAGGGUUGUGACUCCCCCCCCUUGCAGCAUUCUGAGGUGUUGGCUUAGUACUAGCUCAAAGGAAAAACUGCUACCUACUGAAUCUCCAACCAUACUUUCUGGAGCACCUGUGUCUGUCUUGGAGAGCACCCGUCCAAGCACUAUUUGUCAGCCAUCAAAAUCCUGCAGAGUAUAUGAGAUCUGCGGAGAUAUCAUCCUGAAGUGCUACAUGGAGCUCAAAAAUGUCAUUUUAAGAUAUUCUGGGCCUGGUUCUCACUUACACUAUGGGCCAUUAUACCACUCUGGCAAUAUCAUUUAUACUCCCUUUAAGGCACCAUUAAACUGCUACAGCAGUAUAAAGGGCCCUAGUGUAAACGAGCAUCAGGCCCCUAUUCUUCAGUAGUAAGAGCAGAGUUCUCAAACUAGCAGCAGUUCUAAGAGGAUUUGCAUUGUCUUUUCUUAGGGAAAAUCCUUUCUUUUCCAUCAAGUCUGCUCCAUGGCUGCCAUUGCAACCCCAGGGUGUCACCAUUUGCAAUGUUGAGACU